UUAACAUAGCUGUAUGUUGCAAAAGAUUAACAUUGAUUACGAUGCAUAUGUGGUUUUGGUUUGGAGACAACUUAGGUAGCUUUCUGUUACCAGGAUAUAAUGUAGUCACAACCCCUAGCUUUAUUUGUACCUGUGUGGGCUUAACUGCACUUGCAAUAUUAUACGAGGGUAUGAAGAUUUUACAGAUUAAAAUACAGCAAAAUAAUGUAAUUCGUAUGCAAGAAAAAAGAGCUGGAACAUCAGAAAAUUCGUCAUUGCUAUCCAAAUUAUCUUCGAGGUCUAUUGGAAAACAGUUCUCAUUACAAUGUAUGAGUUGGUCCAUGUGGUGUCUUCAAGUGUUUCAUUGGUUUAUACACACACUUUUUGGCUAUAUUUUAAUGUUGGCUAUUAUGACAUAUAAUGUAUAUGUUAAUAUUGCUAUUAUAUUGGGAGGGUGCAUUGGAUAUUGGAUAUUUGGUCCCAAACUAAUAGAACUGAAUUUGGCAAGAUUUCAUAAAAGACAGAAGUUACUCAAUUGUGAUGAAGAAUGUGCAGGAGAUAAUAUAAUAAAUCAAGGACCAGAAUCAACAGUUUCUGUUGUCACAGAACAACUAGUAACAGAAGCUACUGUUGAAGUUCAUGUGCCUAGAGAUGCAUAAGCCAUACCAUAUACAUAAAUCUCCAAUACAUUGAAUAGCAAUCUAUCAGGUGUUAAUGUAUAGAAAAUUUUAUUUUAGAUAUACAUCUUGUA